ACCAUAUGUGCCCUGUCCCAGUGCGCGGGUCUGUGGAGAGCCGGGUGCGAGAGGCGGCCGUGCGAGGGGAGUCGAGGGGAGCGGAGACCCUGGGUCUGUGAGAGACGGAACCGAGGGCUCGGGGCCACGAGCGCCGCUGACAAGCCAUGGGGAAGAAACAGAAAAACAGGAGCGAAGAUAGUGCCAAGGAUGAUAAUGAUCUUGAUGCCUUGGCAGCAGAAAUAGAAGGAGCUGGUGCUGCCAAGGAACAGGAACAACAAAAAUCAAAGGGGAAAAAGAAAAAAGAGAAGAAGAAACAGGAUUUUGAUGAAGAAGAUAUUCUGAAAGAACUGGAAGAGUUGUCUUUAGAAACUCAGGGCAUCAAGACUGACAGAGAAGCUGCUACAGUGAAGCCAACAGAAAACAAUGAUGAAGAAACUGUCUCAAAACAAAAUAAAAAGAAAAAAGGACAGAAAGGCAAAAAAACAAGUUUUGAUGAUAAUGAUAGUGACCAAUCAGAAGGUAAAGAUUCAAAGUCAAAAAAGACUGGAAAACCAAAAGUGGAAAUAAACUCUGGGAGUGAUGAUGACGAUGAUUUUAGUAGGCUUUCUAAGAAAGCUAAAGGGAAAGCUCAGAAGUCAAAUAAAAAGUGGGAUGCCUCAGAAGAGGAAGAAGAUAAUAGUAAAAAAAUUAAAGAGCGUUCCAGAGUAAAUUCUUCAGGUGACAGUGGUGAUGAAUCAGAUAUAUGUUUACAGACUAGAAAAGGACAGAAGAAAAAUCAAAAAAAUAAGCCAGGUCCUAAUGUGGAGAGUGGGGAUGAAGAUGGUGAUUCUGCCUUCAAAAUCAAGACAGUGGCCCAAAAGAAGGCAGAAAAGAAAGAGCGUGAGAGAAAAAAGAGAGAUGAAGAAAAAGCGAAGUUACGGAAGCUGAAAGAAAAAGAAGAAUUAGAAACAGGUAAAAAGGAUCAGAGUAAACAAAGAGAAUCUCAAAAGAAAUCUGAAGAGGAAGCUGUAAAAUCCAAAGGGAUCCCUGAUACUGAAGCUGUCUCUGAAGAGAAAGGAGAAACUCCUGUGACUGUGGAAGAUGAUAAUGAAGGAGAUAAAAAGAAAAAAGAUAAGAAGAAAAAGAAAGCAGAAAAGGAUGAAAAGGAAAAAGAGAAAAAGAAAGGACCUAGCAAAGCUACUGUUAAAGCUAUGCAAGAAGCCCUGGCUAAGCUUAAAGAAGAAGAAGAAAGACAGAAGAGAGAAGAAGAAGAACGUAUAAAACGACUUGAAGAACUAGAAGCCAAACGUAAAGAAGAGGAACGAUUAGAACAAGAAAAAAGAGAAAGGAAAAAACAAAAAGAAAAAGAAAGAAAAGAACGUUUAAAAAAAGAAGGGAAGCUUUUAACUAAGUCGCAGAGAGAAGCCAGAGCCAGGGCUGAAGCCACCCUUAAACUUCUACAAGCUCAGGGUGUUGAAGUGCCAUCAAAAGACUCUUUGCCAAAGAAAAGACCAAUUUAUGAAGAUAAAAAGAAGAAAAAAACACCACAGCAGGUAGAAAAUAAAGAAGUGUCUGAAGCAGUGGAAUCAAGUGUUCCUGUGGAAGCUGUGGAGCAAAUAGUACCAGAAAAAGAAGAGACACCACCUCCUAUUGAACCAGAAGAAGAGGAAGAAGAAACUGAGGAUGCUGGAUUGGAUGAUUGGGAAGCUAUGGCCAGUGAUGAAGAGAGAGAAAAAGAAGAAAACACGAUACAUAUAGAAGUAAAAGAAAAUCCAGAAGAAGAGGAGGAAGAGGAAGAAGAGGAGGAAGAGGAAGAAGAAGACAGUGAAGAAGAAGAAGAGGAAGGAGAAAGCGAAGGCAGUGAAGGUGAUGAGGAAGAUGAAAAGAUGUCAGAUGAGAAAGAUUCAGGGAAAACAUUAGAUAAAAAGCCAAGUAAAGAAGUUAGCUCAGACUCUGAAUAUGACUCUGAUGAUGAUCGAACUAAAGAAGAAAGGGCUUAUGACAAAGCAAAACGGAGAAUUGAGAAAAGACGACUUGAACACAGUAAAAAUAUAAAUACAGAAAAGUUAAGAGCCCCUAUUAUCUGUGUACUUGGACAUGUGGACACAGGGAAGACAAAAAUUCUAGAUAAGCUUCGUCACACACAUGUCCAAGAUGGUGAAGCAGGGGGCAUAACACAGCAAAUUGGUGCCACAAAUGUUCCCCUUGAAGCAAUUAAUGAGCAAACCAAGAUGAUUAAAAAUUUUGAUAGAGAAAAUGUCCGGAUUCCAGGCAUGCUGAUUAUUGAUACUCCAGGGCAUGAAUCUUUCAGUAAUUUAAGAAACAGAGGAAGCUCUCUUUGUGAUAUUGCCAUUUUAGUUGUUGACAUUAUGCAUGGUUUGGAGCCUCAAACAAUUGAAUCCAUCAACCUUCUCAAAUCUAAAAAAUGUCCCUUCAUUGUUGCACUUAAUAAGAUUGAUAGAUUAUAUGACUGGAAAAAAAGUCCUGAUUCUGAUGUGGCUGCUACUUUAAAGAAGCAGAAAAAGAAUACAAAAGACGAGUUUGAAGAACGAGCAAAAGCCAUUAUUGUAGAAUUUGCGCAGCAGGGUUUGAAUGCUGCUUUGUUCUAUGAAAAUAAAGAUCCUCGCACUUUUGUGUCUUUGGUACCUACCUCUGCACAUACUGGUGAUGGCAUGGGAAGUCUGAUCUACCUUCUUGUUGAGUUAACUCAGACCAUGUUGAGCAAGAGACUUGCACACUGUGAAGAGCUGCGAGCACAAGUGAUGGAGGUUAAAGCUCUCCCAGGAAUGGGUACCACCAUAGAUGUAAUAUUGAUCAAUGGUCGUUUGAAGGAAGGGGAUACAAUCAUUGUUCCUGGAGUAGAAGGGCCCAUUGUCACUCAGAUUCGAGGCCUCUUGUUACCUCCUCCUAUGAAGGAAUUACGAGUAAAGAACCAGUAUGAAAAGCACAAAGAAGUAGAAGCAGCUCAGGGAGUGAAGAUUCUUGGAAAAGACCUCGAGAAAACAUUGGCUGGAUUACCUCUCUUAGUGGCUUAUAAAGAUGAUGAAAUCCCUGUUCUUAAAGAUGAAUUGAUCCAUGAAUUAAAGCAGACACUCAAUGCUAUCAAAUUGGAAGAAAAAGGAGUUUAUGUCCAGGCAUCAACACUUGGCUCUUUGGAAGCUCUGCUUGAAUUUCUGAAAACAUCAGAGGUGCCCUAUGCAGGAAUAAACAUUGGCCCAGUCCAUAAAAAAGACGUUAUGAAGGCUUCAGUGAUGUUGGAACAUGAUCCUCAGUAUGCAGUAAUUUUGGCCUUUGAUGUAAGAAUUGAACGGGAUGCACAAGAAAUGGCUGAUAGUUUAGGAGUUAGAAUAUUUAGUGCCGAAAUUAUUUAUCACUUAUUUGAUGCCUUUACAAAAUACAGACAAGACUACAAAAAACAGAAACAAGAAGAAUUUAAGCAUAUAGCAGUAUUUCCCUGCAAGAUGAAAAUCCUCCCUCAAUAUAUUUUUAAUUCUCGUGAUCCAAUAGUGAUGGGGGUGACUGUGGAAGCAGGUCAGGUGAAGCAAGGGACUCCCAUGUGCGUACCAAGCAAAAAUUUUGUUGACAUUGGAAUAAUUACGAGUAUUGAAAUAAAUCAUAAACAAGUGGAUGUUGCAAAAAAAGGACAGGAAGUCUGUGUCAAAAUAGAGCCUAUCCCUGGUGAAUCUCCCAAAAUGUUUGGGAGACAUUUCGAAGCUACAGACAUUCUUGUCAGUAAGAUCAGCCGGCAGUCCAUUGAUGCACUCAAAGACUGGUUCAGAGAUGAAAUGCAGAAGAGUGACUGGCAGCUUAUUGUGGAACUGAAGAAAGUAUUUGAAAUCAUCUAAUUUUUCCACAUAGGACAGGAAUUGGAGCAAAUGCAAUAUUAAGUUGUAAUAUCACCAACAGAACAGACAUAUCUGGAUACCGAUGGAUUUAGGUGUAUAAAAUGUUUUCCAUGAGAAACCAAGAAACCUUACACUGGUUUGACAGUGGUCAGUUACCCAUCCCCACAGUUCCAGCGUGCCUGCUAACUCCUUUCCUUAUCCCUACCCUUCCCUACUUGGCUGCUGUUUUAAAGUUUGCCCUUCCCCAAAUUUGGAUUUUUAUUAUGAAUCUAAAGCAAUUUCAAUUUUAUACUGAUUAAAUCAGUCCUGCAGUAUUUGAUUAACCAAGCUUCUGCAGAUUUUGUGAUUCUUGGGACUUUUUUGAUGUAAGAAAUGUCUUUAUGCGUGUUUUUUCCCAGUGAUUCCCCCCCCUCCGCCCCCCAGCAUUCUACCAUAUAUCCCUAGGGAUUUUUUAAAAUAGAAAAGUUAGGCAUUCUGAUAUUUCUCUAUCUGCAUUGUGUGAAACCAUGGUGUCAUUGGCUGCUUUCUACUGCUUGUACAAGUAAUGAGAGUCUAUUGUAAUCAUCACAAUUCCAAAUUACCAAUAAAAACAGAGAUUGCAGUACCAGUAAGCUCUGUUAGGCUUCCAUAUUAGUGUAGCUUUUCAUCCUCAGCACAGCUUGGUCUUCUCAGGUCAGAAUUAUUUAUCAUACCUUGUACACUAGUACAUGGCACCAGCAGAUAACUUUUUUAUACGUUAGUUAGAAAAUUUCAUUCUGACAAUUGGAUACAAUAGGAAUCCAUUAGGGAUUCUAAGUUGUUAGACUUCAUUUAUUCACAGCAGUCAUCUAGUCAGGUCUUGAGGAAGAUGAGUAUGAGCUGACACCUUUUUCUUCAAGAUAGCUGUAAUGUUAGAUCUGUUGUGAGACUCACCUGAAGACAGACAGGUAUUCUGAAGUCUUAACUACCAUGGAAUUAACUCUUUUUUAAGAAUUACUACAUUUGGAAAAACCAUUACUCAUCCAAGUUUCUCAAGGGCCAGUAGAGAUAUCCAAUGGCACCUCAAUAGGUUUCUGUGGGACAUAAUUUUCCUUGGAAGAAAAUCUUGGGCAGGUGUGUUCUAGUUUAUAAUACGUAAAUUUCCCUAUGUGGAAGAAGUCAAGUUUUCUUAAAGUUCUUUUUGUGUUAAUAAUACUGGGAGACAAGCAUGAUUAAGACAUGUCAAUCUCUGACCAAGUAAAGUUUUCUUGAGACAGCUCAGUAAUUUCAAAGCUCAGCAUGGAGACUGUUGAUUGACCUUAGAGGUUUUUAAGCCUUUCAGGAUUAAUAGUUAAGGAUUCACAAAAAUGAGCCUGUACAAAAUAUACAUACAGUUCUUUAUUAAACAACUGUAAACACUUCACUGUAAAAAUCCAUAAAACUUUAUAAACAAACAUUUUGUAAAUAGAAUCUAUUCUAUGAGUAAAAGAAUUAACACAAUUAUUUACAUGCAAUACUGACAAAUUUGGCACUUUUUGAAAAGAAAUGUACAAAACACUCGCUUAAAAAUUAAAAAUUUUAAAAACUCAGAGCAUUACUAUCAUGCACUUUGCAAAUAACCUCACAAGCACUUAUGGCACAGCUAGCAGAAAGCACCAGGCUCUCUGGCAACAAUUAGGUGACCUUAAGUGUGCUUCCAUAAGUUUGUUGUAAAACCACCUGAACGUUGUCAAGAAUAAAAUCAAAUGCCAUGUUCCAAA